CUUCCGUCGCGGGGGCUGAUGUGUUUCCGGCGCCGGCAGGGCCCGCCUUGUGUCUGCCUGUCCCGACCCCGGCCCGGAGUGCGGCCUCUCCCCGCGGACACCCCCACCUCUCCCGCGCUCCAGCUCAAUAUUGUCAGGGAUUUGGUUGUUCGGAGAGUUCACCACUUGAAGGGACAGCUUUGGGCUGCAGACAUGCCUCCAAAAUCGAGUGGCUCCACAAAGACUGAAGAAUCCGCAGUGAAGGUGGCAGUUCGGGUGAGGCAGCUGCUGCCCAAGGAGCUACUCCACAGACAUCGGUCCUGUGUCCAUGUUGACCUCGACACGCAGCAGCUUACCCUGGGGCAUAACCGACAUUUUCACUUUGAUGUGAUCUUUGACCAGAAUUCCACCCAGGAGGACGUGUAUACAAGCUGCGUGGAGCCGCUUGUGACAGCUUUUUUUGCGGGUUUCAAUGCCACAGUGUUUGCCUAUGGACAGACUGGAUCAGGCAAAACCUACACCAUUGGGGGAUCGUACAUAUCUUCUGUGAUUGAGGAAGAUCAGGGGAUCAUACCCCGUGCUUUGGCUGAGAUAUUUAAGCUGAUCGAUGAGAACGAUGCAGUGGAUCACACCGUUAAGGUGUCGUACCUUGAAGUAUACAAAGAAGAAUUCAAAGAUCUGCUGGAGGUGGAGACGGCAAGCAAGGACAUACGCACUCGAGAGGAUGACAAAGGAAACACAGUGCUCUGUGGUGUCAAGGAAUGCGACGUGGAAGGUUUGGAUGAGGCUCUGAGCCUGCUGGAGAUCGGGAACAGUGCUAAGCACACGGGUGCCACCCAGGUCAACCUAUACUCCAGCCGCUCCCACACCAUCUUUACCGUCACCAUGGAGCAGAGGCGAGGCGUUGGCCGGGUCACUCGGCUGGCAGCCGCCGCUGGAGACCGAUUAAACUCGGCGCAGGUGAUAAGCUCAAAGUUCCACUUUGUGGACCUGGCCGGCUCCGAGCGCAUUAUUAAGACGGGCAACACUGGGGAACGCUUGAAAGAAUCCAUUCAGAUCAACAGUGGAUUGUUGGCACUGGGGAAUGUCAUCACUGUGCUGGGCGAUCCUAAAAGGAAAGGGUCUCACGUUCCUUAUCGGGAUUCCAAGAUUACCAGAAUCUUGAAAGACUCGCUUGGCGGGAAUGCAAAAACGGUCAUGAUUACCUGCAUCGGCCCAUCUUCCUUAAAUUUUGAUGAGAAUUUAAACUCUUUGAAUUAUGCCAAAAGAGCCCAGAACAUUAAAAACCAGGUUGUGAUAAACUGCAAGAAGGAGGUGGACCGUAACAGUGAGCUGGACCUACAGAUCAGAACCUUGCACGGGGCUCUGAAACACGGCCAGCGCGAGGCAUCGGCCAAGAGCUUCCCGCUGUCGGCUGCGGAAGGUGUAGCUCGACUCCAGGCCGAGAGCUCCCAUUACCGAACCUGCACGGAUGCUGCCCACCGUAUCUUUAUGGAGCUGCAGGUGGACAGGAACCUCACGGUAGAUCAGGUGCUAAAAAUGAAAGAGUGGCUGACAAUUGUGGAAGACACACGAAGUGAGCUUUCCACCGCCUCCGCCUUGGACAGUGGUAUCGAGUGUACGUCCAUUGAUGAAUCCAAGGCUCAGAAUGUAUCCAUGGCACAGGGUAAAACAGAAUUUGGCAACAAAUCUAAAGAGCAGAAGCAGCUUGUGCCAAAACUGCAGGCACAGGUUCAGAGGCUGGAGGAAGAGAACAGAGAUUUCCUUGCAGCCCUUGAGGAUGCCAUGGAACGGUUUAAGCAACAGAAUGAAACAUUGCUGGAUCAGGAGGAUCAGAUUGUUGCUCUGCAGAGCAGACUGAAACUGGUGGAGGAGAGCCAGACAGUGGAUGAGUUGCUGGAAAGCCUUCACCUUGCAGACCUAAGCUGCAGACCUCACACCGCCCCUGCAAACAACGCACAUCCUGGCAGAUCCAACGCAACACAUUACAACCGCCUUCUCAGCAUUCAAGCCGGUCAAAUUUCCAAUAAGACUGGUGCAUCUUCCUUGGAGUGUUCAGGUGUUGGAUUUUGCGAUCGCAGUCACUGUUUGCAAAGGAAUCUGCCGGGUGAGUAUUCUGUGCCUCACAGAUACAUCGCAGAGGACCUCAGUGAAUCCACAGUGUCGCCAUCUGAUGAGGAGCCAGAGGAUGCGGAGUUGUGCAGGAGUAAAGGGAAGAGCAGACGGCAGAUCAAUCUGACCUGGACGAAAAGGGACGUUCCUAGAAUGAGCAGCAUGGUGAACAGUAGAGGCAGCCUCGUCCAACAGCAACACAGUGACUCGAGCAGUCCUCCGGGUGAAAUACUGAAGUCUCCACACGGGAUGGGAGACCACAACGAGGCCCACUGUCUUUCCUUUUCAAAUGAAUUCAGGGAAAGUUCUCCUGUGAGUCGUCCCAAGUUGGAGAAUUCGGAGUGGAGACUUGUCCAAGCGCAGCAUAAGAUGCGGGAACUGGCCAUCAACAUCCGUAUGAAGGAGGAAUUGAUCAAAGAACUCGUCAAAACAGGAAGAGAUGCCCAGGUGAUGAACAAGCAGUACUCUCGGAAGAUUCGGGAGCUGGAACAAGAGGCGGAGCAGGAGAGGGCAGAGCUGAGAGAGGCUCAGAGGCAGCUGCGGGAUCUGGAGGAGAAGGGACCCAGGGACCUGAUGGAGAGGACCAAGCUCCAGGAGUACCAUAAAAAAGUUGUGGCAGCUCAGAGCAAAGUGCAGGCGCUGAGUCAGAAGAAGCGGGACACAGAGCGGCUUGUGUCACUCUCGUCACAGAGUGAGCGUCGCAUCCACGAGAUGGAGAGAAACGUGCAGCUGAUGAAGCAGCAACAGGCGCUCCUGCAGAAUAAAUUGAAAGAGGAAAUGCACCAGAAAAGGCGAUUUGAAACGGAGAUGCACAGAGGAAAACAUCGCGUGCAGGAACUUGAAAUAAAACAUGAACAGCAACAAAAGAUUCUUAAGAUUAAAACGGAAGAGAUUGCAGCCUUCCAAAGGAAGAGGCGAAGUGGCAGUAAUGGAUCUGUAAUCAGCCUUGAAGAGCAGCAGAAAAUCGAAGAGCAGAAAAGGUGGUUAGACAUGGAGAUUGAGAAGGUUCUGGAACAACGAAAGGCACUUGAUGACCUGGAGGAGGAGCUGAACAAACGAGAGACCAUUGUGGAGAAGAAAGAAGCCUUGCUCCAGGAGAAGAAUGGUCUGGAGAGCAAGCGUCUGCGAUCCAGUCAGGCCCUGAGCAAUGACAUUGUGAGAGUGUCGAGCCGCAUUGAAUCUCUGGAGAAGGAGCUGUCUGAGAAGAAUGGGCAACUGCGCGAUGGCAGUGCCAAUGACCAGCAGGAGGUCCGCCAUGAGAUCUCCAACCUGCGGCACGAGAAGGAUCAGAUGAUGAAGCAGCGCACCGAGCUGGAUGAGAAGCUGCGGAUGGGAAACCUGCUCUCAGCAGAGGAAGAAAGGAUCCUUUUCCAGCUGGACGAAGCCAUUGAGGCUCUUGAUGCUGCCAUAGAGUACAAGAACGAGACCAUCACCCGGCGUCAGAGGGUGCUGCGUGCGUCAGCCAGCAUGCUGUCCCAGUGCGAAAUGAACCUGAUGGCCAAACUCAGCUACCUCUCAGCAUCCGAGACCAGAGCACUGCUGUGCAAGUACUUUGAUAAGGUGGUGACACUGCGUGAAGAGGAACACAAGGUGCAGCUGGCCUUCAUGGAGCUGGAGAUGCGGGCAGACGAGCAGCAGAAACUCAUUUACUGGCUGGAGGCAGCGCUGGAGCGGCAGCGGCUGGAGACCGAUCGCUGCCUCACCUUGCAGCAGAAGGAGCAUGAGCGCAACCUGCAGGUCCUGCUCCAACACUGCCAAGGCCAGGUGGAUGAAGGAUUUGCUGGGCGCCAGAAGCAGUACGAGGGUUGCAUCCAAAUGCUGGACAAGGAGCUCGCUUGGUACAAGCAAGCCAAUCAUGAGUUGAACCUGAAGCUGAAAGACCUGUCCACUUACCUGUUGAACCACCCAGCGGAGCAGAGCAAACGUCUCGGAGCUGUCAGUAGAACUCAGCCGGCUAUAGAUCGAGUGCUCCCUGCAGUUGGAGGAGAAGUAAAUGGCAAUAGUAUUCCAUCAGACCAAUCGUUUGCAAGGUCGGUGGCUCCGGAACAGACGACCAGGUUGAAGGAGGAGCUCCGAGAUUUGGUUCACGUGCCGCUGCCACCGACGUGGCGGAGACCGUCGCUGCCAACAGAGGAGCAGACUGGUUUGGAAGAACUGGACCAUUUGUGCAACAGAGUGGUGCAGCCUGCAGAGGGUGCCAUGCACUGGAGUAUCACAGCCGGACAGAAACCCCAGAAAGCACCCAGGCACACAAAUCUCAACGCAAGCAUCAGUUACUUCAAUCCUGGGAUCAUUGAUGUCCGUAAAAAUCCAGUGGGAUAACCAAAUGUUGGGCGCCAUAUGACAUUUAAGAAUGCAAAAGGUCAGAUGUCCAUUUUGUUUUGUAGAGAUACAGCGCGGAAACAGGCCCUUUGGCCCACCGAGUCCGCACCGACCAGCGAUCCCAAUUUAACACUAAGGACAAUACAUUUUUACAUUUAUACCAAGAUAAUAAUUAACCUACA